GAGCGCCACAAGUUGAUCUUCACUUCACAAGUAUUACGGUCGUUGCAGAAACUGCAGCCGCCACAUAAGUUCUCAUCCAAUCAUACCUGCAUUCGGAUAUCGCCGCAUGUACACCAGGCACAGUAUGGCGAAAACUUCGGCGGCGUGUGGCUUGUUGGCAAUCGUAAUACUCGUGUGCACCAUUUCGACUACCAGUUCGGCGCCCUAUCCGAUGUCACAAGGACAAAGUAAUGCAUACCUAUCAGAAAACGAUGGAGAUCCUGAAGUUAUGUUGGAAUUGUUAGCGAGAUUAGGCCAGAGCAUUAUGAGAGCAAACGAUUUGGAAAAUUCAAAACGUGGUCUAGACUUGGGAUUGAGCAGAGGCUAUUCGGGAACACAGGCUGCUAAACACUUGAUGGGAAUUGCUGCAGCUAACUUUGCUGGCGGUCCAGGACGCAGACGUCGUAGCGAUAUACUUCCUAAACUUCUUGCACCUUGAACUUAGUUUGUUAUAAGUUAUAAAUCUACAAACAACUAAAUUUAAAUACAUUCUAAUAAUUAUUUAUACAUCAUAUAUUAUUUAUAAAUGUACACAUAAAUAUAACUAUAUAUAUAGUAUAUUACAUAUACAUACAUUUAUGUAGAGCCGUUAUGAGUCGAUGAUUUAAAUAAGCAUAUAAUAUGUACAUCUUUUGUGAAUGUUAUUCCACCGCGUGUAGAAUUCGAAUAGAUAAUAUUUAAAUUAUAUAGUUCAAUAUAUUAUUAUUCUCGCUUACCAAUUAUGUUUUUGUUCUUAAACAACUUAUAAUGUACACCCAGUAACUUUGAAGUGUUAAUUUAAUUUUUCGAUGCCAAAAUACAGCA